UGAGUGAGUGAACGAACGGGCGAACAAGCAAAGCACGCCAGAGGAAAAGGGCAGAGGGAGAGUGCGCAAGUGAAAGGGUGAGAUAAGCACAUUCAGCUUGCAGCAUCUCAGGAGGCAGGCAGUCAGAGCUGAGGGGGGGAGCAGAAGCACCUCACCGAAGGGGGCGACACCACACCUCUCUCUCUUUCAGACACACAUUCUCUCACGUCACACACACGUAUUUGUGAGGAGGCGUGAGGCUCAGGAGGAGAACACCACAUUCACACGCAUUGUUUUGCUGGCUUAACUGCGCUUUGGAGAGCUGUCUCUAGAAGACUGGACCAGAGCUGGAUCAUCACUCCAUAUAUUUUUGCAUCCUUGCAGCUUUCAUUCCUCCAGCAGAGAAGCAGCUCUGUCACCCGUGGCUUCAUCAUUUGGGCUGAUUCUCUCUGUCAUUCAUCUAACCUCUCUCUGCUCCUCUAACCAUCUUUUGCCUGUCUCUGCUUUCAAGCCCUUCAGCAAAGAAACCAACAGAGAGCCUUACAGAGUGACCAACCGGCUCCCUGAAAGACCAACCGCUCAACCGCAAUCAUGAACUUCCUUCGACGCCGCCUCUCUGACAGCAGCUUCAUGUCCAACCUGCCCAAUGGCUACAUGACAGACCUCCAGAGGCCUGACCCACCUGCUCCUCCUCCCCCCACCGCCUCCUCCCCUUCCCAACAGGGUGCAGCCCCUGCCUCAGCGCCCGCACCUGCCCUAUCUCCAACCAAAGCUCCAGCGCCAGCCCAGGUGCCCGCCAGCUCCCCUGCAGCUCAGGAGCGCCGUCCGAGCCAGCUCUCACAGCAGCAGCCUCAGCAAUCCCAGACCUCCAGCAGCGGCUCCUCUGGCUUCUUCAGCUCCUUCAGCUCCAUCACCAACGUGGUCAAACAGACGGCUGCAUCUGCCGCCGGGUUUGUCGAGCAGUCAGCUCCCUCUCCUUCCCUCUCCAAGAAGUUUAAGAUCCUCCUGAUCAUUGAUGAACCUCAGCAUGAGUGGGCAAAAGUGUUUCGAGGAAAAAAGGUCCUGGGAGACUUUGACAUCAAAGUGGAGCAGGCUGAGUUCUCAGAGAUCAACCUCGUCUCACAUUCUAAUGGAACCUGUAACGUGGACAUGCAGGUCAUCCGAGGGGGGACCAAAGUGGUCAGGUCCUUUAGGCCUGACUUUGUCUUGGUGCGCCAGCAUGCUUUUAGUAUGGCCCAGAACGAGGACUUUAGAAACCUGAUCAUCGGUCUGCAGUACGCAGGCAUCCCCUCAGUCAACUCUCUGGACUCUAUCUACAACCUCUGCGACAAACCCUGGGCUUUCUCCCAGCUGAUCAAUAAUCAGAAGAGGUUGGGUUCAGAUAAGUUCCCACUCAUUGAUCAGACUUUCUACCCAAACUAUAGAGACAUGAUUACAACACCAAGUUUCCCAGUGGUGGUGAAGAUCGGACAUGCCCACUCUGGAAUGGGAAAGGUCAAAGUGGACAAUGUGAGUGAUUUCCAGGACAUUGCCAGUGUGGUGGCCAUCACCCAGACCUACUGCACCACAGAGCCAUUUAUAGACGCCAAGUAUGAUAUUAGGGUGCAGAAAAUUGGUGCUGACUAUAAAGCGUAUAUGCGGACAUCUAUCUCCGGUAACUGGAAGAGCAACACUGGAUCUGCCAUGUUGGAGCAAGUCGCCAUGACCGACAAGUAUAAACUGUGGGUCGAUACUUGCUCAGAGAUUCUCGGAGGUCUGGACAUCUGUGCUGUCAAAGCCAUCUGUGGCAAGGAUGGAAAUGACUACAUUACUGAGGUUGUGGGCUCAUCUAUGCAGCUGAUCGGUGACCACCAGACAGAGGACCGCCAGCUCAUCUCAGAGGUUGUACUGGUUAAGAUGAACCAAGCUCUUGCAGCCAAGGCCUCUGGUGCUGCCCGUUCCCCCGCCCGCUCUCCUCAAGGCCAGAAGCCGACUACUGUGCAGCCCCAGCAGAGUGCUGCCCUGAAGGAAGGACUGGCGGAUCCAAACAGGACUUCGGGUCAGCGCCCUCAACCUCAAGGGGCACCAGUGAAAUCACAGAGUGUAGACCAAACAUCAGAGUCAGCUAAGAGAGCAUCUGAACCAGUACCAAAGCCUGCCCAGGCCCAGAAACCUGGUCCAACUCAAGCUCAGAAACCAGCACAGGCUCAGAAGCCCAGUCCUGUUCAGAAGGCGGCGUCAGUCACAAAGCCACCGGUCCAGAGGCCUCCGCCCAUGACGAGAGCCCCAUCUGUUACCAAGUCAGCACCGGAGCCUCCCGCUGCCGCCGCUCCAGCCAAAGCCUCGCCAUCAUCCCCCGCUAAAACCGUAGGAGCAGCUCCAGCCUCUCCCCCGACCAAAGCAGCAGCAGCAGCAGCAGCAGCCCCUAGCCCCCCUCCCACCACAGCCCCCACCUCUGCCCCAUCCUCAGCUCCCACCACAGAGCAACCCAAGCCCCAACCUCAGGGCUCCCCCUCUGCAGCUCCUGGGAAACCAAAAGAGCUGCCCCCCAAACCCACACCACCCGCAAAGCCUAUCCCACCCGUACGCAGGAAUUCCAAGCCACAGCUCCAGCCAAAGCCCCAGACCCCCCCUCCCCCCAGAGCUUCACCCAAACCGGCCGUCAAGGCCCCGGCACCCACUCAAGCCUCAGAUUCCGCCCCAGAGCCCACCCCAGCACAGGUUCAGUCCCCAGCCGCAGCCACCCAGUCCCCACCUCGUGUCCAGUCUCCAGCCAAGCCUCAGCCCCAGGCCAAGCCCCCCUCACCUUCCCCAAACCCAGAGCCUGUCCCGGCUGAAGCAGCAGCGGCCCCUACUGAGGCCCAGGGCCCUGUGGAAGAACAGCCAGCAUCCCAGCAAAAGACCCAUCCUCUGCUGAAUAAGUCCCAGUCCCUGACCAAUGCCUUCAACGCCUUCAGCGACUCCUCUUUCUUCCGCGGGGUCUCGGGUUCUGGAGGCGAUGGGCAAGAAGAGGCGAAGGCCGAGACCAUUCGCAACCUACGAAAGUCCUUCGCCAGCCUUUUCUCUGACUAGACCUAGACCGGAGGCGUAGUCGGCCCCCUUAUAGUAUGAGUCUGGCCCUUUUUCCUAUUGGCCAGUGAUGACUUGAUUGACAUUAAAUGUGAACCAGUCUGAGAUUAAACUUUGUGUGUUGACUGUACUGUAUUCCCUCCGUCCCGGUCCCUCCUCACCCUACACUUUGAGCUUCUCUGUGUGAGUAACAGUGAAGCAUGCUGGGUAGGAUGUUCUGUGAAUGAUGUUAUACCAGAGUAAGUGGAUUGAAGGAGUUAAGUCAUUGAAACAGAAGAGAAUAGAAAGAGUAUCAUAGAAUAGAAUAAGAAAACAUUUAUUUUUCCCAGAAUACAUUUAAGCAACACUAUCAGAAUUAAAUGCAAAGACUUAUAUUUAAGACUACAGAUGUAUAUAUUUAAAUACAUAUAUAAAUAUACACAUAGAAAACUAUAAAGGGAGAUAAGCCAGUAAUAAAAAAAAAAUCCAGCAGCACUUGUCAAUUUGAUUUUGUCAGUGACAUAACUCUUUCAUUCAGUGGAUGGAUUUAAACAUAACUUAAAUAAUAUUAAUAAUAAUAAUGAUAAUAAUAAUAAUAAGGAUAUUUAAGAUGAAACAGUUUCACCUAUGGUUCCAGUAUUUCAAAGUGAGUCCGUUUUGGUUUGUGAGUGAAUUAGUAAAAGAAGAAAACUUUAAAGAUUUGUUCCUGUGUAAAUCCAGCCGUCGUGUCUCUGGUCUGUGGUUACUGAUGUCUGGGCUCAUCACCGCCACACAGUAGCCCCCUCCCCCCACUCCCCUUCCCCACUCUUCCUCCUUUUUUGUCAAACAGCCUUGAAUUUAUUGUCAUGUGAGGGAGUUGGAAAUAUGUGUAUGUUCAUCUGUGUUCAAUUGUUAUGCAUGGCUCCUCGAAGUGGCUCAGUGUGACUUUUGGAGCAGAAAGGACUUCUAUAAGUGUUGAGUUUUACCCUCCGUUGCCUCUCUCUCUCUCUCUCUCUCUCUCUACUCUUUCUCUCUCUAGAUGUUGUAGCCUUAUUGUGUACAUGUUUUCAAUUCACAGCUGCAUUUGCUAGCUGUGCAGACCUGGGAUCAUUGCAACAACGAACGCAUCCAUUUACUUAAAACAAAUCAAAUGCUUAAGGUUGGAUCGAUGACUGUUGCGUCAAAGGUUAUUGGGUCGGACUUUGUUAUUGUGAAGUAAGUGAAUGCGUUUCAGAUAACUCAUGUCUGUAGCUGUGACUGGUGAUUUCUUGUUUCACCUCUGUGUAGAUCUAUCAACAGUAUCGUACUUUGUUGAUUAUUCUCAUAAAAAGACAUUGAGACAGUAGUGCAAUAACACCUCGACAUGACUGUUGAGCGCUGUCACCCUAUUAUAAAUAUAACUAUGAUCAUAAAUACAGGAUCUGUGUAUCUGUUCAACACCUUAUUCUUACUGUACAUUCCCUUUAAGAUUCCUUUCAGUGGAUGCUUUUCCGGGUUGCUUUAACAGCAGUCAGCAGCUGGAUGUCAGAUUAACACGCCAUAUUCAACUGCAGGAGUAUAUUAGUGAAGUAGGACUGAAUAUAAGGCAACCUGGAAUACACCCUGUACCUUAACUGGUCAUUUUCAGUUUAGUUCACGUGUGUAAAAGAAAAAAAAAAAAACUUUUAAAAAGCAUAUCAACCCGUCUGCUUCUCAGUCAUCAGUACUCUGUUGCAAGUAAAUUAAGACAUAUUGUAUUUGUAUGUAUGUACGUGUCAUCUCAGGAGUUUAUUUUUUGUAAUAUAUUUAUUUAUUUAUUUAUUUUUUGAGGCUCUAUAUUUAUGGUACAGUAUAUAUUGUUUGUUUUGUAUUGUGUUUUUAUUUGUAACGCAAUACUGCUUUGCAUGAUCUGGUGACCAAUAAUGUUGAUUUCUUUUCUGUACAGAUAAAAGUUAAUAAACAUGUGGUUCCAUCAUU